GGUACGUACCUGAAAGCUCCACCUUCCUUUUUGCAACCCGGACGGCGGGGGCCUUCUCGGCUAAAUCAAACGCUUAUCAGCUUAUCGGAAACAACCGCCCCAGCUCAAAGCAAUGAACUCCCGAGAUAAGUCAACACAACACUGCUACCUUCCCCUCACCACAUCACAAAUCACACUCGUGACAGUCUGUAUAUAACUUUUUCGAGGCAUUGAGAGAGUUCACAACCAGCAAGCAAUCCACCAAGAAACAUAACCGCAACAAUGGAAUACAAGCCCCAACCCUCCUCCCCUACCCGCGUCCAAGUUCAACCGCGUCUAAUCAUCCAUGGCGGCGCCGGCAACAUCACCCCCGCCAGCCUCGGCCCGGAGCGCUACGUCGCCUACCGCUCCUCCCUCCUGACUAUCGUCUCCAAGGCGCACACCUACCUGACCACGCCCACCCAGUCCAAUUACAAUUCCCCUUCCGGUUCCUCAAAACUCCCAUCAGCCCUCGAAGCCGCCACCUACGCCGUCACCCUUCUCGAAGACAACCCCCUCUUCAACAGCGGCCACGGCGCCGUCUUCACCCGCGAUGGCAUCAAUGAGCUCGAGGCUUCUGUCAUGGUCAGCCGGGGUCAGGCCAAGCGGGGUGUGGGAGUGACCGGGUUGCGCCACGUUCGGAAUCCGAUUCUUCUGGCAAGGAAGGUUUUGGAGCACGGGAGGGACGAUCUUCUGGGUCGCGAAAAGAAGCUUGAUAAUAAUAAUGGAGAUGGGGAGCCUGAUGUCCCCUCGGCCCAAGGCCAUACGCUGAUCCACGGCCCAACGGCGGAAAAGUUGGCGAGGCAGUAUGGCUUGGAGAUGGUGGAUCCUAGUUACUUCUUUACGCAGAAGCGGUGGGACGAGCACGUUCGGGCGUUGGAAAGGGAGAAGAGGGAGCAGCAGGAUAUGCUUGGCACUGGCGCUGCUAGUGGCGUUUCGGCGACCUGGAGUAAGGACGAGUAUCUCCCGCAGGGAACGGUCGGUGCGGUGGCGCUGGAUGUCGACGGCGUGAUUUGCGUGGCGACGAGCACAGGCGGCAUGACGAAUAAGUUGACGGGCAGAAUUGGUGAUACGCCUGUUGUCGGGGCUGGGUUCUGGGCUGAGGAGUGGACGGAGGAUGGUGAUCCUACUUCUCCUCAUAAGAACGGAUCGCGGAAUCCGUUGUAUAGCCCGGGACCAGCGGUGGUUUUGUCGAAUGCGCUCAAGGGGCUCAUCGCUGAUUGUCUGCCUUCGCCUUUUCUGUAUACCCCCACUCUUCAAGACUCGUCUGGCGGGUUGACCACCACCCGGUCAAUCGGUGUUUCUGGAACAGGCAAUGGUGAUUCAUUUUUCCGCAUUGCUGCCGCGAGAACUGUGGGCGCCAUUGCCCGGUAUUCUAGCCUUCCUUCCGUCGUGGCCCUGACCAAGGUUGCUGGGCCGUCCGGAGAGCUUCAGAAGAGCGCCGAUGAUCGAUGGGGCAAGGCUGGCGAAGGCGAAGGUGGCAUUAUCGGACUGGAGUUGGUGGUCGUGCGGGACGCAAAUGGUAAUGUCGUCGAGACACGGUCCGACAUCCUUCAAGACUAUAACUGCGGUGGCAUGUUUCGGGCUUGGAUAGACGAGGAAGGUGUCGCGUAUGCUCGCAUCUUUCGAAUGGAUCAGGAUAUCUCCAGUUCGUAUGUCGGUGAAGGUAGACCCGAAGAUCCGCGGUUCUGGAGUGGCGAAAAGAUCUAGUAGAUUAGUUACAUGGUUCCCUUCUGUCUUGAAACACGUUAGCCGGUAACACGUUCGCAAAGCGCAUGUUGUCUUCCAAAAAAAAAAGAGAAAUAUUAU